AUGCUGACCUCUAUUGUGACCUUGCUCACCUUCGUUUCUUUUUCGCUGGCUGUCUGGCCUCAGCUGCAGGAGUUCAAGUUUGGCAACACAACUGUGUGGCUCGCGUCCUCUGCGGAAUUCUCCUACCAGCCCAGUGAUGCAGACAACGCCACCGAAGCAAGGGAUUAUUUCUCUACAUAUGUGGAUUUGGCGGUGUUAGAUUUCUUCCAGACGCCCUGGUUGAGGAAGGACAAGACUCCAGAGAAACGAAUUCCAAGUGUUGCCAAAAUAGUACAAAAGGCUAUCAAGCGCACCGGGAAGGAAAUAUAUCGCACCAAAUUCGUGCCAUGGAAAUUCCAUCCCCGGAACAGCUCCUAUGAGCCCGCUUUGAAUCGACCGGAUGCAGUUAUCCGCCAAGUUAUAAUCAAGCAAAUGUCUGCAAACCAGUCGCAGAGGGAGGUCCGAGACUACAUCCACGAAGAUGAGAGCUACACCAUUGAAAUACUUGCUACCGGUGAAGCGACGAUUUCGACCAAUUCCGCCAUCGGAACUAUCCGUGCACUUCAAACCUUUAAGCAGCUCUUCUACGCGCAUUCUUCGGGGUCGGGGGUGUAUACCCCAUACGCACCAAUUUCCAUAUCGGACGCCCCUAAAUGGGGUCACCGUGGCCUGAACCUCGAUAUAUCCAGAAACGCGUACACGCCCGAGGAUAUCAAACGUACAAUUGAUGCAAUGGCUUCCGCGAAAAUGAACCGUCUUCAUAUCCAUGCUACGGACUCCCAGUCUUGGCCUUUGGACAUCCCCUCGAUGCCUGAAUUGGCUGCCAAGGGCGCCUACCAUCCCAGUCUGAUAUUGACCUCUUCCAAGCUGUCUGAUAUCCAAAUGUAUGGCCUUGAACGGGGUGUUUCAGUAUUCCUCGAAAUCGAUAUGCCAGGCCACACGGGCUCCAUUGGAUACGCGUUUCCCGAGCUGGUUUCCGCAUUCCUCGCUGACGAGUGGGAGAAGUAUGCACUCCAACCUCCCAGCGGGCAAAUCAAGUUAAAUUCGUCAGACGUGGAUAAAUUCCUUGACGAGUUGAUGGCAGACCUGCUCCCUCGAGUCUCGCCAUUUACCCGCUAUUUCCAUACGGGGGGCGAUGAAUUCAAUCUUAACACAUAUCUUCUCGAAGAGGCAAUCGGAUCCAGCAAGGAAGAAGUCCUCCGUCCUUUACUUCAAGCUGUUGUCACUCGGCUGCACACCGCCAUCCGCAAAGCAGGACUCACACCUAUUGUCUGGGAAGAGCUCGUGGCAGACUGGGACCUAUCACUCUCCCCUUCCCCAACUGAGAAAACCGAAAUAAUCGUGCAAGCAUGGCGCAACUCUACUGCUGUUAAAUAUCUAUUAGACCGAGGAUACCGCACGAUCUUCGGCUCUGGUGACGCCUGGUACCUCGAUUGCGGGCAAGGCACCUACGUAAACCCUAAACGCAGCUCGACCGCAAUCAAAGAACCCUUCCUCGACUGGUGUAGCCCGAAGAAAAACUGGAAGCACAUGUACAUGUACAAUCCGCUGGAAGGGAUUUCAGAGGAUCUGCACCAUUUGCUUGAAGGCGGCGAGACGCACAUGUGGUCGGAGAAUGUUGACCCAGUUGCCCUGGACAUGAUGGUCUGGCCGCGGGCAGCUGCGGCAGCUGAGGUACUCUGGAGUGGACCGCGGACCGCAAAUCAGAUUCAGGAUGCUUCGUAUCGCUUGAGUGAAUGGCGUGAGCGAGCUGUGGUCGAUUUGGGUGUUGGAGCGAGCUUGGCGCAGAUGACGUAUUGUCUCAUGAGGGAGGGCAGCUGCGAGUUGUAAACCCUUGGUUCCAGGGCAGGUUUGGGUGGGAUGGAUGGAUUUCUCUCAUCGGUUUUCACUUAUGCCGUUAGAAUAAUGUAGCGUUUGAAGAUGCCACUAUUAACUGAUUGUGGGUGGGGUGAAUUAUCGUUUGGAACCCCGAAUAAUAAUAGAAUAACAAACGUAGCAGUUUUCGCUCUCGAAACC